AUGAGUGUCUAUUUAUACCUAAUAGAACUGGAAAAAAACAUGCCAGAUGAAGAGAAACAGAAAAGAAGAGAAGAGAGCACUAGACUGAAGGAGGAGGGAAAUGAGCAAUUUAAGAAAGGAGAUUACAUAGAAGCUGAACGUUCUUACAGUCAAGCCCUUCAAAUGUGCCCAUCCUGCUUCCAGAAAGACAGGUCUAUUCUGUUUUCAAAUAGAGCUGCUGCAAGGAUGAAACAGGACAAGAAAGAGAUGGCCAUCAGUGACUGCAGCAAAGCCAUUCAGCUAAACCCCAGUUACAUUAGGGCCCUGCUGAGGAGAGCGGAGCUAUAUGAGAGCACCAACAAGCUCGAUGAAGCCCUGGAAGACUACAAGUCCAUUCUAGAAAAAGACCCAUCAGUGCACCAAGCCAGGGAAGCUUGUAUGAGAUUACCUAAGCAAAUUGAAGAACGAAAUGAAAGACUGAAGGAAGAGAUGUUAGGUAAACUAAAAGAUCUUGGGAACUUGGUUCUCCGACCUUUUGGACUCUCCACAGAAAAUUUCCAGAUCAAACAGGAUUCCUCUACUGGCUCUUACUCCAUCAAUUUUGUUCAAAACCCAAAUAAUAACAGAUAACAGAGAUAACAGUAACUUUUAAAGCUGGCUAGAAAAUUGUGUGCUGCUUGCUGGUAGCAAGGGGAAAGGCCCUGCCAAUGUUUACGUUCUAAAAGCAUCUUAUCUCAAAGGCCAUCCAGUAGAGCCCAGUGCACCCUUCCUUGUGUUUUGUGAUCAGGGUGAAAUGUACGUCCUGAUGUAAUGAACCUAAUCUGAUUUCCAUUUUAAGUUGGUGUCUGUGCAGCUCUUGUCCCUGGUUCUGGCUGUCCUUUGUUUUGUCCAGGAGGAGCCUGUUAAGGCUGACCUCCUAAGCCAUACAAACAUACAAGCCCAGACGCCAGCUCUCCUGGCCCCAGCAAACCUGCUGGUCAGAGACUGCCCAGACAUGACUGAUGGGGGUCCUGCCUACUGCCCUCUCCCAAUCACACACACUGCCCAGGCUGCCAGGCGUGGGCUCCUGAUUUCCUCUGUGGUAAUAAAUGCUUUCUGUGACAAAAAAAAAAAAAAAAAAAA